AUGAAGUUCAUUCAAACCGAUCAAGUCCUUGAAGUCCCUGAGGGCGUCACUGUCGACAUCAAGUCCAGAAUCGUCACCGUUACUGGUCCCCGUGGUACUCUUGUCAAGAACCUCCGUCACGCUGAUGUUACCUUCACCAAGGUCAACGACAAGCAAAUCCGUCUUACUGUCCACCACGGUGACAGAAAGCACGUUGCUACCCUCCGUACUGUUAAGUCCCUCGUCGCCAACUUGAUCACUGGUGUCACCAAGGGUUACAAGUACAAGAUGAGAUACGUCUAUGCCCAUUUUCCCAUCAACGUUAACCUCCUUGAGGACGGUAAGGUUGUUGAGAUCAGAAACUUCUUGGGUGAGAAGCGUGUUAGAACCAUCCACGUUCUUGAGGGUGUCACUGUCUCUAUCUCUUCUGCUCAAAAGGAUGAGUUGAUCCUUGAGGGUAACUCUUUGGAGAAUGUCUCUCAAUCUGCUGCCGACAUUCAACAAAUCUGCCGUGUCAGAAACAAGGAUAUCCGUAAAUUCUUGGACGGUAUCUACGUUUCCGAGCGUGGUUUGAUUGAGGAGGAUGCUUAA